GGACAAUCGUUUCUUGCAGAUAUAGCAAGUCUCUCGUUCUAACACAAAGAUAACCUUCUCUCAAACGCCAUCAUGCAGCCUUCCAUUCUUCUCGCCCUUCUGGGGUCGACAAUGGUCGAUGCCCUUGCCCCUCGUGCUGACGCAGGAAACUGUGCCUCAUCGUAUAAUGGACAGUUCCAGGUCACUGCCUCCAAGAUCAACAAGCGAGACAUUGAAAAGCGAGACUGCAGCAACCCGAACGCCUUGCUGCUGACGCUCAACAACGGCAUCCUGAAGGAUGCCCAGGGCCGCACCGGUUAUAUCGCAUCCAACGACCAGUGGCAGUUCGACAACCCCCCUCAGGCAAAUGCUCUCGUGACAAGUGGCUUCUCCGCUUGCGACAACGGCGCGCUGGGGCUCAAGGGCUCAACCACCUUCUGGCAAUGCCUCUCAGGCAACUUCUAUAACCUGUAUGACCGCAACUGGGCACCCCAGUGCCAGCCGGUAGAGCUUGUUAUCCUGCCUUGCGGUGGUGGCAGCGCUGGACACAGCAACAAGGGCAGCGAGGCGGGCAGUGACGAUAAGGGCGUCAACCAGGCUGUGACUGCCAUCCCCGAUGGCCAGCCGCAAGCCCCCGUCUCUCAGGGAGGUGAUGGUCAGCCUCAGGUUCCUCCUGUCACUCAGAUCAGUGAUGGUCAACCUCAAGUCCCAACGGGAUCACCUGCUCCUCCUGUCACCCAGAUCAGUGAUGGUCAGCCUCAGGUUCCAACGGGAUCACCUGCUCCUCCCGUUACCCAGAUCAGCGACGGUCAACCUCAGGUCCCAACCGGGUCUCCUCAGCCGCCUGUCGCUCCCCCCGUCACUCAGAUUAGUGAUGGACAGCCCCAGGCUCCCACAGGCACAGGAUCGCCAGUGGUCCCCCCUGUCGGUACUGGUACCGGUGUUCCCACGAGCCCUCCCUUCUCGCCCACUCAGCCUCCUAUCAGCGGUAGCUCCAAGGUUCUUCCCGGCCUUUCAGUUGCCGUUGCCGUUGCGCUGCUUGGUAUGGUUGCCUUGUAA